CUCGCCAAUACGGCCAUGGUUGGCGCUGACUCUUAUCAACAACCCUCUCUUGUUCUUUUUCUUGCCCCUCACUCUUCAUGUAUCUUUUUCUUUAUUAUUAUUAACUCUGCAGCAACAGUUCUGUCAGGUGGCUUAUACAACUUAUACAGCAUACACUCGCUCCUGUUGUACUGGCGACAAUGCUCAGGAUUUGCCUUUGAAUCUCUUCUUGAAUUGCGCUUUCCCAGUUUCAGCACGUCUAUCAUACAGCCUAAUAUAUAAGUUAUAUAUCUAUUGUCCCGCAAGAUGUUCAAGCAGCUACCAGUAGGAGGAUCUGUCCCUCCAGAAACUGACCAUGCUGUGAGUGUCUCGCUCCCAACAUGGAGAGCAAACGUGGGGUACGAAGAAGGGGAAAAAUGGGUAACUGAUGCCAUGGAAAGUGGCUACCCACGCUUCUUCAUCCACAAGAGCAUCCAGGCGUUAGUUGCGGAAGUCGUCCGUCGCUUUGGUACGCCGGGGGAGGAUUCUGCUACGUUAUUCCCGUCUCGUAAGACUGCAGAACGGUGUUACCAGUUCAUGGCUUCACGGUUACCAGCUGAGGAGGCGCAGAAGGUUCACAUUAUUAGUCUUCAACCGUCAAAGCAGAAAGAACCCCGCGCAGAUGAGGGCGGUGUUGCUAAAGUGGAUCUGAAUAUCACAUCACCGCUGUUUUGUGUAUUAUACCCGGCUGCACACAGGAGCGUUGCAAAGGAGGUAUGGCAACACACUGGUGACGGGAUAUCGAGCCGGCGAAGUGAAUUCUGUCUAAAGGCGCUUGAAGAUGGAUAUUUGAUUGAAGAGAGCCUGCAGGCGCAACGAGACGAACGUACUAUUCAACGGCCCAAAAAGGGCCCUAAGCGCUAUCAGCGGAACGGGUCCAUGGGCAACAUUAGCAAGGACUCGACGCCGUCGCAGCCGCAAACGAAACCGCAAAAAAGCGAAAUCCCCUCUUCGAAGGAGUUUGACAUGUUCAUCGAAGAGCGAUUUGGCCGUAACUUGAGCACUGCACAUGCCAAUAAUGCCAAGCUCGCUGUUCGAAGGCGGAUUGCGGGCUCGCUGACUUGCGAUGGUGAGCUCAGCGAAGCGCUGCAGUCCGCGUCGUCAGAUGGACGAAUUGCUGGGUUGACGGAGCAACACGUCUUCCUCUAUCCUACGGGCAUGAGUGCGAUCUUCAACUCCCAUCGUAUGCUAAUGGCUGCCCGGUCCCCGAUGAAGAGCAUUUGCUUCGGCUUCCCUUAUGUCGAUACGCUGAAGAUAUUACAGAAAUGGGGCCCUGGUGUUCAAUUUUACGGGCAUGCGUCAUCCGAGGAGCUAGAUGAUCUUCAGAAACGAUUGGAAUCAGGGGAGCGGUUCCUGGCGCUCUUCACCGAAUUCCCUGGGAAUCCGCUGCUGAUGGCGCCUGAUCUCGAGCGCAUUCGAAAUCUAGCGACGAAAUAUGACUUCGCGGUGGUUGUGGACGAGUCUGUGGGCAACUUCAUCAACGUCAAUGUUCUCCCCUAUGCCGAUGUGGUUGUGAGCAGCUUGACGAAGGUUUUCAGUGGAGACAGCAAUGUCAUGGGGGGCAGUGCCGUGUUUAAUCCGCAUGGACAAUAUUACCAGAAGUUGAAGACGGUGCUUGAGGCAGAGUACGAAGAUAACUACUGGGGUGAAGACGCUAUUUUCCUCGAGAGAAACAGCCGCGAUUUCGUAUCGAGGAUUGAGCGCAUUAAUGCUGCUACAGAGGAAAUCACUGCACAGUUAAAAGCGUCGCCUUUGAUCAAGGAUAUAUUCUACCCGAAAUACAACCCAACUCGACCGUUCUACGACAAAUGCAAGAACCCCAACGGAGGGUACGGGGGUUUGUUCUCCAUAACAUUCCAUUCGAAAGAACAGGCGGUUGCCUUUUACGACUCCUUUGAAGUCAUGAAAGGUCCUAGCUUGGGAACGAACUUUACCCUCAGUUCCCCUUACGUUAUCCUAGCCCAUUACGGUGAAUUGGAAUGGGCAAAUUCACUAGGCGUCCCGACAGAGUUAAUAAGAACGAGCAUCGGGCUGGAGGACCCCGCAGACCUGCGGGCUCGUGUCGAGCGUGCCCUUGCAGCGGCAGCGCAGGUGUCGAGGGAGUCAUGAAAUAAUAUAGUGGAUUGCUACGUAUGACCUCUCCUAGGAUUUUCUUGCAUUUAUGAGUGGGGAAGUGGGAGGCCAGGGGAAGAGACAGGAGCUGAAGCAUGUCAGGGGAAAGGAGUCCUACACGAAAUGGAGUGAUUUUCUCUUCUUCUUUUCCUAUCGCCCUGAACUCCUCUCCUCCGAACACGACAGUUGUCGCUCGUCUGGGUAGGAUCAGGCGCGGUUUCAUGCAGUACAUAUCCUCGGUCAGAUUUUGUUUUGCUAUCGUGGAAGGCGAAUAUGUCUAGGUAUAUAUAUAUAGUCUAAGGGGCUUUCUUGGAAAGAUGGGCAACUGAGGACGACUCAACUCGACUCGUAUAUUGGAUAGAAUCAUGAGUGGUAUAUACAUCACCAAUUGUGAGUGUUUUCCGUUCCUUUAAUUACCCCCCUUUUUCCCCCUCCACAAAAAUCAACCAAGUAGGAGGGGGAUUAAAGAUGGGAAAGAGAAUGGAAAGAUAAAAUACAAUUUCCUAGGUUUAGAGGGAUUACUAGGAAAUAGGAGCACUAGGACAUAAUUUCAACAAUAUUUAAAUGUUAUGAUGCAUGGCAUCGGAUCCGCGAUAUUCUCGAUAACCGCUUUGAUUUCGAUCUGUCGGAUUUCAUAUUGUUCACGGUCAAGAUGAUAGCGUAAUGAUAAUAACCGUAACUGGUGAUAAUAAUAUGUGCUAUACUAUAGUUACUGAAUCAAACCAUUGGUUGACGCGGUGUUUAGUUUCUCCGA